CACAGCGGACACAGCUCGCGGCGCCCUCACUCCUCCCGGCAUGCACCGGGAGCCCGCCAGUUUCCCGAGAGCGCCUCGUCAGGUAAAGGAGGCCAACAAGUCCGCUGUUUCCGGCGCGCGGUGCAGGACGGGAAUGCGAGUAGCGUUGUCGGCCGGCGCCUGCCUGGUUUUUCGGAGAGCUAGGCGGGCGGGCGGCGAUAGCGGCGGCCGAGGCGGACGGCAGGCCUGGCGAGAUAACUCCAUUAGCCAUGGAAGCUGAAGAGACGAUGGAAUGCAUUCAGGAAUUUCCAGAACAUUAUAAAGUAAUUUUGGACAGACUGAAUGAACAGCGAGAGCAGGAUCAAUUCACAGACAUCACUCUGAUUGUCGAUGGUCAUCAUUUUAAAGCUCAUAAAGCUGUUCUUGCUGCCUGUAGCCAGUUUUUCUACAAAUUCUUUCAAGACUUCACUCAGGAGCCUCUAGUAGAGAUAGAAGGUGUAAGUAACAUGGCAUUUCGCCACUUAAUUGAGUUCACCUACACCGCCAAGCUGAUGGUCCAAGGGGAAGAAGAAGCGAAUGAUGUCUGGAAGGCAGCUGAGUAUCUCCAGAUGUUAGAAGCCAUUAAAGCACUCGAAAUCAGGAACAAGGAAAACUCAUUGCCGCAUGAAUUAAAUCAAGCACAAGAUGUAAAUAAAGCUAAAAAGAGGAAGAUAGCGGAGACCUCUAACGUUAUUACAGAGACACUGCCGUGUGCGGAAUCGGAGCCUGUUGAAAUCGAGGUGGAGAUAGCAGAAGGGGCCAUCGACGUGGAAGAAAAUAACAUAGAAGCACUAGAGGAGGUUGCAUCUGCCGAACAAUCUAUCAAAUACAUACAGACCACAGGCACUUCCGAUGAGUCAGCAUUAGCCCUUCUGGCAGAUAUCACCAGCAAGUUCCGCCACGGGGAGAGGAAAAGUCAGAUCCAGGAGGAAUGUGACAGUGUGUCUGACCCGAUGGGCAAACAGGUGGAAGGCAUCGAAAUCAUGGAACUCCAGCUGUCACACGUCAACAACCUGUUCCACUGUGAAAAGUGCAACCGUUCAUUUAAGUUGUUCUACCACUUUAAGGAGCACAUGAAAACGCACUCCACAGAGAGCUACAAGUGUGACCUAUGCAACAAAAGGUACCUCCGGGAGAGUGCAUUGAAGCAGCACCUUACCUGUUACCACAUUGAUGAAGGUGGUGCCAACAAGAAGCAGAGGCCGGGCAAAAAAAUACACGUCUGCCAGUACUGUGAUAAACAAUUUGACCAUUUUGGCCAUUUUAAGGAACAUCUUCGGAAACACACAGGUGAAAAGCCAUUCGAGUGUCCAAACUGCCACGAACGUUUUGCUAGGAACAGCACGCUCAAAUGUCACUUGACAGCGUGCCAAUCCGGUGCUGGUGCUAAAAAGGGGCGGAAAAAGCUUUAUGAAUGCCAGGUCUGCAACAGUGUCUUUAAUAGCUGGGACCAAUUUAAAGAUCACUUGGUAAUACACACGGGCGACAAGCCCAACCACUGCACCAUAUGCGAUGUCUGGUUCAUGCAAGGCAGCGAGCUGAGGAGGCACCUGCAGGAAAUCCACCACAUUUCAGAACGGAUAGUGACUGAGGACAUCCUUCCCGUGGACAGUGAUCCCGUGGCCUCAAUGACUAUCAUUGAGCAGGUGGAACAAGUCCAUGUUUUGCCAUUAAUUCAGGUUCAGGUGGAUCCAGCACAAGUGACGGUUGAGCAGGUGCACCCGGAUUUGAUACAGAACAAUCAAAUAAAAGAGGAACAAAUAGCAGAGCUGCAAGAACAGGUAGAAAUCAGUUACUUGGAAGUGGAGCACAUUCAGACUGAGCAAGGGACGGAAGUGCAUAUGGAGGAGCUGGACGUCGAACAUGUAAAUCAGUUGCAAAUGGAGGAGGUUCAGGCACAGCUCAUAGAGGAAACGGAUCUUGGGCAGGUAGAGUCAGAACAUGUGGCUCAAGGAGGACUAGAGGCAGGCACACCUGUGCAGGUGGAUGAGAUUGCAGCACCAGCAGCUGAUCAUGAAGAAUCAGAUGAUUUAAAAACUCAGCCAAUAGUGGAUGUACCAGAGGACAAAGUGGAAACUUAGGACAACACUGUGUGUGUUACUUGUGAUUUGAAAUAUGUCAUACCAAAUGAUUAUUUUUUUGUUAAUUUUCUUUUUUGACUUUUGCACCAACAAUGGGAAUGGCUCUCCUGCAUUGAUGCCCUUCAGGAACUAGACAGGUGGACCAAAGUUAAGAUACUUGGUUAAAUAGUCCUUCUUAUAGUUUCAUUUUUUUUUUAAAGAUCCUCUUUCAUUCAUUAAAAGAAAUACCAUGGAAUAAAGUCUGUUCUAGACGCAGACAGCUUUGUGUGAAGUUUAAUUGUAGAGUUUUGUUAGACUGUACCAUUAGGUCUUUUGAAGCAAGUUCUAUUCCUUCUUUCAGAACACGUUUAAAGUUAACGUUGUGAGGUUUCAGCGUUUGUACAGAUUAGCUAAAGACAGUUGAACAACCUGGUUAAAAAUUGCAACUAUUUUUUUUUCUUUCCUCCAUUAAUAUUUUGCAGUAGCUGCAAUCUUUGGCUUUAUUUGUGUUCUUAAAUGUAGUCGCUAUCUUGGAAGCCUGGAAAUUGGAGAACGCUAAGGUUUGGGGCUUAAAAAAGCAAAACAAGACAAAACAAAAUCUUUGUGCCUUUUCACAACCAAGUAAAUUAAACUUCCACAAAGCUCUGAAGGUAUUUACAAAGACAAUGUAGAUAUUGCUGUACCGUGCUUUGUAAUCUUGCUUGCGAUUCUCAGCUGACAGGGUUUUUUUACAUUAAAAUAAAUGUAGAUGAGGGAGAGGAAGUGGAUUCUCAUCACUGGCAGGGUUUUCUGUGGGGGUGGGGGAGAAGGGCCAUUCAUAAUAGGAAUAAUUCAGCUGUAUCUUUUGCAAGGUAUCAGUUGGCUGAAAGGUUGCACUGGCGCCAGAUUUUUAUUUUUUAUGGGGGGAAAGGUACAUUUUUAUAUUUAAAAGAAAUGAAUUAAAAAAAAAUACAAUGUGUCUGCACAAUGCAUCAGGCUACUGUUUUAUUUAAACAUUUUUAAAUUUUCCCGAAAUACUUUGUGUCUAAAAGAUGGGGUGGGGGGGAAUUGACUUAAAAGCCAUAGGUAUGAGUGGUUUUAAACUGUGGAUUCAUAAAAGUGUAAAUAUUUUAAUCAGUAUUAUUGAACAA